GCUGGAAAUGAUUUGAUGUACAUUGAUCAGUUUAAGAAGGUUUUGGAUCAACAAUUUAAGCUAAAGGACCUUGGAACUUUGAAGUAUUUCCUAGGUCUUGAAGUGGCUAGAAAUAACACUUGGAUCUCCAUUUGCCAAAGGAAAUAUGCUUUGGAAGUCUUGGAAGAUGCGGGAUAUUUGGGUGCUAAACCCGCCAAAACACCUUUACAGCAAAAUUUGAAACUUUCCAAAUCAGAUGGUGACCUGAUCACUGAUCCCAGCACCUACAGAAGACUUGUAGGCAGAUUACUCUACCUUACCAUCACCAGACCAGAUCUCACUUAUCCGGUUCAGAUCCUCAGUCAGUUUGUUGACUCACCUAGACAACCACAUCUUAAUGCAGCCUUGCAUGUACUAAGAUAUCUUAAGGGGACUGCAGGACAAGGUUUGGUCUUUGAAAAGGAUUCAGAGGUGCAACUUAAAGGGUUCUGUGAUGCAGACUGGGCUGCAUGCUCAGAUACCCGAAGAUCCAUCACGGGGUAUUGUAUAUUUUUGGGAAAUUCAUUAAUUUCAUGGCGAUCAAAGAAGCAAAGCACUGUGUCCAGGUCCUCUGCAGAAGCUGAAUACAGAGCUAUGGCUUCAGUAGUAUGUGAAUUAACAUGGUUGCAAUACAUACUUGCUGAUUUGGGAAUUAAACAUAAGGAUCCAGCAUUAUUAUUUUGUGAUAAUCAAGCAGCCAUACAUAUUGCAGCAAAUCAAGUUUAUCAUGAAAGAACAAAACAUAUCGAACUGGAUUGUCACGUGGUCAGAGAGAAAAUACAAGAGGGUAAGAUCAGAACUAUGCAUCUAAGUACUAAGGAUCAACUUGCAGAUAUGUUAACUAAAUCUAUUGGAGGAAUGAGGUUCAGAGCACUGUUAAGCAAGAUGGGAGUUCAUAAUCUUCACCUUCCAUCUUGA